AUGGCGGAAGGCAUUGGCAGGAAGGUAUCAGCCGCAUCGGCCAGGGCUCAUACGAGAAAGUCAAAGCAGAAUACUGCCUUUCAACUCCCUUCGGGGAUGUUUAAGAAACUAUUAAUGGUUUCAUUUAUGGGAAUUCUAGCAUGGGCUUAUCGGGCAAUUCAGCCACCACCUCCCAGGAUGUGUGGCUCGUCAGGUUGUCUCCCUGUUACAGCACCUAGAAUAAGACUUAGUAAUGGAAGGCACUUGGCCUACAACGAGCAUGGUGUCCCAAAAGAUGAGGCAAAGCCUGGUUAUGGAGACAGUGAUCCUAAUCCAAAACAAACUCUAAAGAGUUCGGCUUUAGAUAUAGAGGAGCUUGCUGAUCAGUUGGGACUAGGAUCCAAAUUCUAUGUCAUUGGUUUUUCCAUGGGUGGACAAGCAAUUUGGAGGUGCCUCAAGUACAUUCCUCACAGGCUUGCUGGUGCAUCGCUUAUUGCUCCAGCCAUCAACUUUUGGUGGCCCAAUCUACCUAGGAAUUUAUCUAAAGAAGCCUUUGACAAGCAGCUCCCACAGGACCAAUGGGCAUAUCGUAUUUCUCACUACAUUCCAUGGCUUACGUACUGA